AGCAACUUCUCACGGUCGAGUGCGCUGCUGCCAUUGUGCUAUUUCUAUAGCGAUCCCCUAGCUAAUGCCAUCAUUGAACUAUUUACCUACCUAGCAAACCUAUAUGUACGCAUUAUGUAUGUACUUACUAUCAGUUAAAAAAACACCAACUACCAUUGUUCGAACUGCAAUACACGAAGUUACAGCAGAGGGAACAACUCAUUACAUCUUUCGCGGUAUCUUCGGAGACUGGAAGUUCGACGAUAAUGGCUGACAAGACGGAGCAAGACUACAAGACGGAGAUGUUGCAGUGUCUACCCUCAGUGUUGCCACACGAUGGCAAAGCGGCACUGUCUCUGGUUCAUCCAGACAUCAUCGCAAAAAAUUACUGUUGCGGGUUGAGAUUCCCGGAUCUGUUGAGUGGACUCAAUGUGCUGAGUCUUGGCUGCGGCUGUUUGAGAGACUGCUUCGUUUUGAGCAAGCUGAUUGGUCAGGAAGGCUCGGUUGUGGGCGUGGACCCCAACGAUCACGUGAUUUCUUUUGGGCGAUCAUUUUUGGAGUACCAUCGCAAGGCCUGCGGUCUCAGCAAGGAUAACAUCCAAUUCGUUCAGUGUGAACCGGAUAAACUCGUGGAUGCCGGCUUGCAAAAAGAGCAGUUUGAUCUCGUUUGUUUUAACACGGUUUUUGGCCUUACGCCCAAGAAGCGAGAAAUUAUGAGCCAGCUUCGAGACGUCUUGAAGCCUGGGGCCGAGGUCUUCUUCACGGAGAUGGUCGCCAACACCAGGAUCAGGGAUGAAGUCAAGAAGGACGAAUCGCUGUGGGGCGAGGGCAUAGCAGGGGCGUUCUUCUUCGAGGAUCUUGUAACGAUGUCCCGUGAAUAUGGCUUCUCAACCCCACGACUCGUGCAAGCUACGGACAUGCGCGUCAAAGAACCGGAAUUGGAUAAAUUUAUCGGGGGUGUCAAGUUUUCCAUGGCAACCUAUCGAAUGUUCAAACUCCCUCAGGAGAGGGAUGAUCUCGGAGCAGUCUUUGUAUACACCAACCCACAGAGGGCUAUAGAUGAUAUGAACGUUAUCGAACUCGACGCUGGGGACACGAUCCAGAGCGGCGUACCGGUCCAGGUAGAUGCCGAGAUGGCGGCCAUUCUGCGUCAUUCCAGAUUCUCCAGCGUCUUCCGGGCCACAUCUGAUAAAGCGACUCAGGUUUUAAAGCCUUGCCCAACAGAUCCAUUUGCAGCCGAAUAGAGAGAACAGCAAGAGAAAUAUGGAAAGCCUGAAAAAUAUAUGACAGAU